GGCGCUUGGUCUGAAUUUUAAAAAAACAAAAAAUAGGGCUUUUGGCAAUUUGCGUUAUUAUCAUAUCGUCGACCUGGUGUUGCACUAUUAUAUGAAAGUCAAGAUAGCCAUUUCCGAACCUCCAGAAGUUAUUGAUCCUCUCAUUACCGAUUUAGCAGCAUGCAUUGCUAAAAGCAAACGUGUUCUCGUCAUCACAGGCGCAGGCAUUUCCUGCAGCGGAGGCAUACCGGAUUUUCGCUCGUCAGAUGGUUUAUAUGACCUUGUGAAGAAAAAACAUCCAGAUAUUGUUUUACGCGGCAAGGAACUGUUCGAUGCUAUGCUAUUCAGAGACGAGAAGCAGAUAAAAUGCUUUUACACGUUUAUGGCCGAACUCAAGCGUCUGAUUUCGUCAGCAGCACCUACACCAACCCACGCCUUCAUUCAAAAGCUGAAGCAAAACGGCCAAUUGUUGCGUUGCUAUACCCAGAAUAUCGAUUGUUUGGAAGAAUCCAUCGACUUGCCUGUUAUCCAACUGCACGGUUCCAUGAAUAAGGUGAAAUGCACCCUGUGCCCCGCCACCUAUAAAUUCACGACGCGCAUGGAAAAUCAGUUUCGUCGCGGUGUCGCGCCUCCAUGUCCUCAAUGUACCAUUGUCGACUGCGAACGAAUUCGACAGGGCAAACGAUCCUUGGCUACAGGCACACUACGUCCGGAUGUGGUGCUAUACAACGAAGAACAUCCUAAUGGGGAUAUCAUUGGUCAAAUGCAGACGAGCGAUCUGAAAAAGAAACCAGACUUGAUGAUCGUGAUGGGAACGUCCUUGAAGAUACCCGCAUUGAAGAAAUUUAUCAAGCAAGCGUCACGCAUGAUUCACGCUACCAAAACCGGACGCGUUAUCUUUGUGAAUCGUACACAAGCAACCAAGGAAUGGGAAAAAGUGUUUGAUUACGAAGUGCUUGGCGAUACCGAUCACUGGGUGAAAAUCAUUGAAAAGAAAAUGGCCGACGAGAAAACCAUGGCGGCGGCCGUGACGAGACUGAAAAGAUCCAUUUCAUCCGUGAGUGACGAGGACGACAAGGAAAAUACCAUAGCAUCCGGUACAAAGAAAACCGUCACUCUGAAUGUCAGCAGCAGCAAACAAACCACGCUCAAAGGCUUUCGUGUCACCAAAUCGGCUGCAACCACCAAACGCACUAAAACUGCGUAAUGCAGUUAUUUGCCAUUUCCGUCAUGAUUUUCCCUUGUUUACUAUUUUCAAAUGUUUUAUGUCAACUAGGAUGCUUGAUAUUUAUUGACCGUUUCAUAUCAUACCUCUCACGAUACUAUCAAUCCGAAUUGCAUUCAAAUUAUCUCUCUUCAUCGCCUCUUGAUGAAAUGAGCAACGUAUAAAUAAACAGCACUCAUUUGCACC